AUGGCACAUCAAAAGGCUGGACAGAAGAGGAAGGUUGUCGAGGUCCCGCGACUAGAAAGUGAGAGCGAAGAGGAGGUCUUGGGAAAUGGCGACUUGAACGGCGCAUUCGAUGAGGGAGACAGCAGUGAAGAGGACAGCGAGGAGGAGUUUGAUGGGGAUGAAGAGGAGGAUGAAGAUGAGGAUGAAGAGGAAGAAGAGGAACUCGACAGUGAUGAGAUUCCUUCGUCAGCAGAUGAGGAGGAUGUCCGCGAGCAAAUACGAAACUUGAAGACGAACGAUCGAGCGAAAACUCCGCCAGCAAAGCUCAUGGGGAGCGAUACCGCAAGAGAUGUCACUUCGUUAUCGUCCGAGACACCGAUGAUGAAUCUUGGGAAUGGUCAAGAGAAGCCCAAUUACCGCAUCGAAAAGGACGCAAAUGGCAACGAGCGAUAUGUGUACAACGAGAUCGAUCCUGCCUACGACUCGGACGAUUCUGAUGCACCGGCCACGACAAACACAAUUGGCAACAUUCCACUUUCCUAUUAUGACGCGUACCCUCAUAUCGGAUAUGACAUCAAUGGAAGGAAGAUUGCGAGACCCGCCAAGGGCGAGGCAUUGGAUUCUCUGUUGGACAGCAUAGACAUUCCGGAAGGAUGGACCGGUUUGACGGAUCCUUCUACGGGCAAGCCAAUCGUGAUGAAUGAGGAGGAACUGGAGACUCUCAAGAGAUUGAUCAAGAAUGAAGCGCCUGGAGAAGGAUACGAUCCAUACCCAGACUAUGUGGAGUGGUUUACGGGAAAGCACAGAGAAGAGAUCAUGCCACUGUCCGCCGCACCCGAACCCAAAAGAAGAUUUGUGCCGUCCAUGCAUGAGCACAAGCGUGUCAUGAAGAUGGUGAAGGCAAUCAAAGAGGGCAGAAUACAACCUUUCCACGAGCCCACAGAAGAGGAACGCGAGCGAGAAGAAGCGGAGCAGGAGUUUGCAAACUAUGACAUCUGGUCGAACGAAGCACCUAGGCCAGACCAUCCAAUGAAUGUUCCCGCACCCAAACUACCACCACCUGGAUACGAGGAGAGCUACCACCCGCCACCGGAGUAUCUACCUGACAAGUACGAGCAAGAGGAAUGGCAGCAGCAGGAUGAGGAAGAUCGUGAGAGAGACUUUCUACCUCGUGACCAUGCUGCUUUGCGCAAAGUGCCUGGCUACGAGAGAUUUGUCAAAGAGAAGUUCGACCGUUGUCUGGACUUGUACCUUGCGCCUCGAGUGCGACGAAGCAAGCUCAACAUCGACCCUGAGUCCCUUCUGCCCAAACUACCCGACCCUUCUGAGCUGAAGCCAUUCCCUACUUUCUGCGAUACGACUUACCUUGGUCACGAAGGGCGCGUGCACUCAGUAUCUAUCGAUCCUACUGGGCAAUACAUUGCCUCUGGUAGCAACGAUGGUACAGUCAGACUGUGGAGCUGGAGCCUAGGUCGGCAAGAAUGGCGCAUCAAGCUGUCAUCCUCUGAGCCGGUAAGCGUCGUUGCUUGGCGACCGGGCCUACAUACCGCCAUCCUGUCGGCAUGCUGUGGCGACACGGUAUACUUCAUUGUACCAGAGAUACCACAUUUGAGUGAAGAGGUCCAAGAUGCAUCGCGAGAAGUCAUUGAUGCAGGCUUUGGAUAUGCUGCAUCUAACCCAUCGAUAACGAAGACGGCCGACGGUAAGCACAAAGCUUCCAAUGCGCAAUGGUCAAGACCGCCCGCAUCGUUGCAGGAAAAGGGCGUACUCCUCACUCUCACCCUCCGCUCGGCACCCAAGACACUCGCGUGGCAUCGGAGAGGAGAAUACUUCUCGACAGUGUGUCCAAACACUUCAUCGCCUUCUACGGCUGUCGCGAUUCACACUUUGAGCAAACACCAGACACAGUUUCCGUUCAAACGACUCAAGGGUCUGGCGCAAACAGUAUGCUUCCAUCCUUCACGCCCGCUCUUCUUCGUGGCUACCCGACAACGCAUUCGAGUAUACGACUUGCAAGCGCAGAAGAUGGAGAAAGAGUUGCAGCCGGGCGCGAGGUGGAUUUCUGGCAUCUCUCUGCAUCCGAUGGGAAGCAACUUGUUGGUGUCAUCCUACGACAAGCGCCUGUUAUGGCACGAUCUGGACCUCGGAAGCACCCCUUACAAGACCCUGCGGUACCAUCAGAAAGCUAUCAGGAGCGUCAAAUUCCAUCCGACGCUACCACUAUUCGCGGAUGCUUCCGAUGAUGGCACUGUUCAGAUUUUCCACGGAAAGGUUGUCGGGGAUAGUUUGGAGAAUGCUACCGUUGUGCCAUUGAAGGUUCUGAGGGGACACAAGAUCAAGAAUGAUCUAGGUGUCUUGGAUCUGGAAUGGCAUCCGAGGGAGGCUUGGUUGGUAAGCGCUGGUGCGGAUGGGAGUCUAAAGUUGUGGACUUGA